AUGGAGUGCUCGCACCUGGGGGAUGGGGCCAUCUCUGAGCAGCGCCGGGGCCACAGCUGGGCGCAGCCCAGACGCCAGUCCUCCGGGAGGCCGCGCGCCGGCCCGGAUGCUGCAAGCACAGAUAACGCGCCGCCCGGCGGGCCCCCGUCCCCUCCGCCGCACUGGAAUCAUCCUAGCCUGCUGUGUCCUCGGGAGGGACGGACCGCCAGGCCCCCUAAUUUAUGGUCAUUGGUUCCCUUCCUCCCUCCGGGAAAAUGUACGACUAACGGUUUCCGUGGUGGCCGGCGCUGCCGGGGCUCGGCGGGCUGCCCCCGCGCCCCUGAAAACAAAGGGGAUUCCCAGCCAUUGUCCUCCGCGGCGCUGAGCAUCACCAGCACUAGCAAGGCAGUAGCUUGCGCAGUUAUCUCCACAGCGGGCAAUGUCACAACCCGACCAACAGCACAAACUACUACCUCAGCCAGGGCCAUGGUGUCAGGGAGGCACCGGACCACGCUGAGGCGAGCGAAGCGGCUCCGGCGCUCCUUCGUCCAUCCUCAGCCGCCGACGUCGGCCCGGCGCCUCUGCCCUUCCCCGCCGCGCCCGCAGACCCCGCCCAGCGCCGAGCCGCUCGGCCGCACCAGGCGCGCCCCGGGAGCUCCGGACAUUACGGCGGCGCCGGCGCCCGGGGGAGGCCGGGCCGGCGUCCUCUACGUAACCGACAGCUCUGGAAAGAGAAAAGGUGCGGAGGGGCCCUGGUGGAGGCAGCCGCUCCCUCCGCCGCCCCGAGGGGACGCCAUCCCCCGGGCCACUCGAAAGCAUGAAAUGGGCGGCAAAAGCGCAGCAGACGCCUACGGGACCCGGACGGUCCCCGAGAGGCAGCAAGCAGCACUCCCGCGCUUCGCCCGUCGCGCUCCCGCCACGUCUCCGGGCUGUGCCGCCCGCUCCCCUCCCUGCGGUGGGGGCUGGGCGGCGGCUGGGCCCCCACCGUUGCCGCGCUCCCAACACCCGCGCGAGGCCGGCUCUCCGCCCGGGAGAACGCCGGGGCGCUUCCCGCAGAGGCGACACCGACUCCGGCGCCGCAACCAGAAACCACGGCACAGCCCAGAAGUCCCCAGGCCACCGGCUCCCCAGCACCCUUCGGGGAAAUCUCGUGCACCUCUGCAAGAGGCGAGAAUAAAAUAAAAACCCCGUAAAACUGAAACCGGGCCGGGCGGCGGCACGGGAGGCAGUGGCAGCGGCAGCAGCCCGGCGAGCGCGGACACACGCCCCGUCUCGCGCUCCGCUGCUCCAGUGAGUCCGGACGAACCAUAGAGAUCACUUAAGGAGGCUCGCGCGCUACUCCCCACCACGUGACCGCCCCGCCAGGCCGCCCCCCGCGCCGCCAUCUUACAUCCGGGACCGAGGCGGCGUCCCUUUUCCCCGACUUGGCAAAACUUCGACGUGUCACUAGAAAUCAGCCCCCAAAGGGGAGGACCCCGAUUCCACGUCACCAAAGUGCUGAGGCCGUGGGCCAUGCCCCCCAAUCCGCUUUACGGGGCAAAGGAGCCCCUAACUUCUCUCGGUCUUUGCCCGCAAAGAAAAUGGCGGCACUUACCGCCGUCUAAGUGGACACGUUGUCUCCUGGCCGGGGUUUAAAGUUUCUGGCACCUCCUUUCGCAUCCGGCAAGGACACCGCCACAUGCGCUCCACCCCGCGGCGUGGCCGCCGUGCUACAUUACGCAGAAAACCGGCGGGAAAGCUGCUGCGCUGCUUGCUUUAAUGCGCAGGCUCCUGGGACUUGUGGGUGGUUUUUUUUUUUUUUUUUUUUUAAAGGCCAAGUUUGGGAAAAGGCCGACUGCCCUGAGCCCCAUCUGCUUUGGGGCCAGGCAAGUUACUUUUUGUCUCUCAUUUUGAGACUUUCUGUGAAGUUAACAAAUCAUUGUGAAGAAAAAGUAAGCAGGGGUUGCCAGUUAAGAUACGGAACGUCUAGUUAAAUUCAAAUUUCAGAUAAACGAAUAGUUUUUUAGUAUAUGUAUGUCCCAUAUACAAAAAAAAAUUGUUUAUUUGAACUUCAAAUUUAACUGGCGUCCUAUAUUUUUAUCUGCUAAAUCUGGCAAUACUGUUAGUCAUCACGCUCCUGAAAAUCCAGACCACAUAACAAAAGUAAGGAAUGGAGGAACUGAAGAGUGUGUUCAGAUUUGGAACUGAGUCUGCGCGGAGACUUUGAUCCCUUCAUGAAGGCCAGAGGGCUGAGGUCCAGACUCCAAACUACGCACAAGGGACAUCCAUGUGCUUUUUGGACAAGUACGUGUUCUCUUCCUUUAAACCAGCACAAUCUAAUUUUGAUAACAUCCUCUCAGCCAAAGAAUCUCAUGCAAAUUAAAGAUUACGUAACACUGGGUUUUCAUUUCUAUUCUAUAUAGUAUUGGUGAUGGGACACAAUUUCUUGAACAAAUUUUCAAAUUGAAAAGCAUCCUGGGCUUCCCUGGUGGCGCAGUGGUUGCGCGUCAGCCUGCCGAUGCAGGGGAACCGGGUUCGCGCCCCGGUCUGGGAGGAUCCCA